GUUACCUAUUACUGGGCCAAUGAAAAGUCAACCAUUCAGACCAUUCAAACUCACGUGCGUUUUCGUUCGUGACAACUAUUUGUGUUCCUUUCGUUGCGUCCCACGUCUUUCUUCGGAUGACUCUACGAUCAGUCCACCCUCCUUUCAAACUCCAAAUUUUGCCUUCCGUCUCCCGGUUCCAUGGACCCCUCGCCCUCCGCGAUCACUCUCCGACCAUUCGAACUCUCCGACGCCGCCGACUUCCUCUCGUGGGCCGGCGACGACAGAGUCACCCGCUACCUCCGAUGGGACUCCGUCACCUCCCUGGAGGCCGCCGAGUCGUAUCUCCGGACCGUCGCCAUUCCCCACCCGUGGCGUCGCUCCAUCUGCCUCGGCGACCGCUCGAUCGGGUACGUCUCCGUCAAGCCCGGGUCCGGCGACGAGCGGUGCCGCGCCCACGCCAGCUACGCGGUCGGGGCCGAGUUCUGGGGGCGGGGUUUUGCGACGGCGGUGCUCAGGAUGGCCGCCCGCCGCGUGUUCGACGAAAUGCCUGAGCUGGUGAGGCUGGAGGCGUUCGUGGAAGUGGAGAAUGGAGGGUCUCAGAGGGUCUUGGAGAAGGUUGGGUUUGUGAAGGAAGGGCUGCUGAGGAAGUAUGGGAUUUGCAAAGGCGAGGUCAGGGAUAUGUAUGUGUAUAGCUUGUUGUCUACGGAUGAGAUUUUGGGCUGAAGAGAGAGAGAUGAAGCUUUGAGAUGGAGAUUACAUUUGAAGUUUUGAUCAGAUUCUUGCUUCAUCCACCUGUUGGUGUUGAAUGAUGCAACUAAGGUCUUUGUGUCACAUUGUAGCGGUGAGGAUUGUACCGAGCCUUCAUAAUCUGUCAAUCAAGUUCGACUCGGUUCCCAUAAUGGGUGUUCAUCCUCUGUUCGAGCUCGGCUG